AUGCAGAUUUUUAAGCAGAUCGAUUGUUUUAGUAUCAAUAUGAAAUUCUGGAAAGUUUUAGGAAUAUAUCCUUAUAACAAAAUGAAAUUUUCGUACAAUUUGUAUUGUAAGGCAUUUUUAAUAAUUUUCAUUAUCUUUUACGAUGUUUUACUGACUAUUAAUUUUUAUUUCUUGCCUUCUCAAUUGGAUGCGUUUAUCGAAGAGAUGAUAUUUUAUUUCACUGAGAUAUCAGUAACAUCGAAAGUGUUGACAUUCCUGAUUAUGCGCAAAAAUAUUAGGAAGAUUCUGGAAGUUCUAGAAUGUACGGUAUUUGAACCGGUGAGUGAUAACGGAAUAAGGAUACUGAAGAAUGCAAAGAAGUUUAAUAUCGUAUAUUGGAAGAUCGUCGCAGUUGUGUCUUUUACUUCAAAUCUUACUCACAUUAUUUCUUUUUACAUCACACAUGUGUUUUUGGACAAUAAAGCAGAACUGCCCGUAUGCAGCUAUAACUUUCUGCCAAUUGAGUUUAAGAAAAGAUUCAUUUAUCCAUUGUAUCUAUACCAAAGUGUUGGAAUUCAUUUCCAUAUGCUCGUCAAUCUUAAUAUCGAUACAUUUUUCUUGGGUUUAAUGAUUUUAGUCAUUGCUCAGUUAGAUAUUUUAAGAGAAAAACUUUCUACUCUAACUGAUAUACCCAAAUUUGUUAAUCACCAUAGAAAUUUUGAUAGAGUUCAACAUGAAAAUAAUGUUAUCAUCAAUUUUAAUCAAUCUAUCGUGCAUUACGACGAAUUAUGCAAAUUUUGUAGUCUCAUUCAAGAUACUUUCAACAUCACGCUGUUAUUUCAAUUCGGCAUGGCAUCGUCUAUUAUAUGUGUAUGCUUAUUUAGAUUUACUUUGCCAGCUGCAAAGGAAUAUUACAUUUUUCUCGCGACUUACAUGUUCAUUAUGGUAAUACAAAUAAUGGUGCCAUGUUGGUUUGGAACUAGAAUAAUAGAAAAGAGCUGUUUACUAAGCCGAGCUAUCUACAGUUGUGACUGGACACCUAGAUCUCGCAAAUUUAAAAGCAGCCUCAAAUUAUUCGUGGAAAGGACAAAUAAACCCAUAACAAUAACGGGUGGAAAAAUGUUUACCCUUUCUUUAGUUACAUUUUCAUCGAUAAUAAAUUCUUCAUAUUCAUUUUUUACCUUAUUAAGAAACGUACAAGCAAGGGAAAAUCAAAAGUAA